AUACGUCACAUGGUGCGUAGGGCAGACAGCCACUGCACUCAGCUGGGCAUAGAGACCUUAGGACCAGAACUACUGGAUAUAUUUUCAUAUUUCCAACUACAAAUCAUGUAAAUCUUACAGUGAUUGUUUCUAAGGGACUUCUAUUCUUAAUAGAACCCGUGUCGUCAUGGCUUGUCCCUUAUCAGGCGAACCCCGGGCUUUGGGGCCUGGUGAAGAUCAUCCAGAGUCUGCUUCAGAGACCCGGGAGCCCGUUCGACCCAAGCCGCCUCCGCAGCACCUUCAGCCGGCGUGCGUGAGCGCUGCUGCCGCGGUCAUGGUGGAGGCUCUGGAUGAUGCGGAGGGGCUUUUUGUAGCCGUGGAGAGAUGUCCGCUCUGCAACACGGCCAGACGCAGACUGACCUGCGCCCGCUGCAUUCACAACGGCGAUUUUGUGUAUUUCGACGGGAGAAAUCCAGAGAGGUAUUCAGAAAAGCUUCAAAGACUACAAAAGCUCAAAAAUGAAAAGGAGAAUCUUCAACAGAGAGUCAUCAAAGCCAUGGACAAGAAGGUCCAGGCGGACCAGCUUAGGUGGAAAAUCAUGUCAUGCAAGAUGAAAAUCCAGCAACUCAAGGAGGCCAUCUGCACCGGCAGUGAAGAAGUGAAGAGUGGCAAGGAGCUGUUGUUGCGUUCCCAGGAGGAAGGGCAGCGACUGCAGCGCAGGGCCAGCCGACAUCAGGAAAAGAGGGACAAAAUUAAGCGGCAUAACCAACGUCUAGGCGAGCUCCUGGAGAAGAGAUCCAAAGAGCUGCAGGGGAGGCUGGAGGUCCUGGCCGAGGUGCGGAGAGAGCACAUCCUGGAGGUCACCACUCAUAUCUUCAACAUCCAGGAGGAGAAGCAGGGCAGCAGGGACCCAGCAGAGGCUGAGAAUGACCUUGCUCUGACCUCCAGCACCGUCAGUGAACUUGCAGAGGCGAGGCGAAUCACCUACAGCUCAGGCCGCUGGAUCUGGGACGAUCAGAAUGGAGAGACAAGCAUCAGUAUCACUGGGCCACACGUCACACUUCCCAGUAAUGGAGACUGCUCGGCCUACUACAGCUGGGUGGAGGAGAAGAGUGGAAAUCAGGGGCCAGGUACACAACUAAUGGAGUUGGACCACAUCAACCCGGCACACACCGUCAGUGCCGCCCUCUGCUAUGCUACCCAGCUCAUCAAUAUCCUGUCUCAUAUUCUUGAUGUCAGCCUUCCGAAAAAAUUGUGCAACAGUGAGUUCUGCGGUGAUAAUCUGACCCGCUACCGCUUCACCCGUGCCGUAAACAAACUUAACACCAACAUCCUGCACCUCUGCUUCUCACAGCAUGUCGACAGCGAGCUGCUUCAUCCUCACCACACUUUGAGAAAUAUAAUGUUUCUGGUGUCUCCAGCAAACAAGAAACUUGGCAGAACCGGGCCGUUUGAGGUGAGUGCUGACUUGGAAGACUCUAUGGAGUUUGUGGAACCAGAGGCGGCUGGACCGGCGGAGGAGAGCGGAGACGAGGCUGUGACGGAUGAAGAAACAGACUUGGGCAUAGACUGGGAGACGGUUCCAAGCCCUCGCUUCUGUGACAUCCCUUCCCAGCCUAUGGAUCUGUCCCAGAGCGGCAUGCAGGCGUCCCAGCCAGCUGGCAAUGCAGGGGGCAUGAUCUCCUCUGCGGCUGCCUCUGUCACCUCCUGGUUCCGCAACUACACCGGGCAGCGCUGAGAUCCGGUGGAUGUUGGGGUGGUUCAACCGGUUUGACCUAUGCAAACACCCCAUUACUGUCAUUCUCACUUAUGUCAGCUUGGCCAUUGGGAGAAAUAAAGGGAAGUUUCAUUUGACUGCUCAUACUGAAUAAAUGUGUGGUUUUAUUGCAGGACGGGACAGUGUAGUGAACUACUUCUGCAUUUCUGAUCUUUUGUAGCUCACUUUAUAUUGUAGAAACCACACACAAGUCAACUUCAUCCAGUGUAUAUUGCCAAAUAUCUUUGUUUGCUCAUCGAUGCAGAAAUUGUACAUUCAAAGUAUGGACAGACUUUGCUUUUAGAGUUUGUUUGAAUGAUUGCACCUUUUCACCAGCUCUUCAAAGAUCCUUUCUCUAUAAAUGUUGCUGGACUUGAAUGGCAAAUAUUAAUCGUGUGUUGUCCUAUUAGAUUAUAAAUUUACAAGAGGAAUUGUAUUUUAUGGACAAGUAUUUUUUUCCCCUUUAUAUUUCUUCAACCACUGCAGAUCCCAUUGGGCGGAAAUAUCCUGCUUUAUCCUUCGGAAGAGAGGCUGGUUGUCUAUUUGCUCUUAGGAUUUAUGUACAAGUUUAUUUUUUCACCAUCAUCAUUUGUUGAAAAAAACAAACAUAUUUAGUAAGUUUCAUUGUAGGAAUGUUUUAUUUGUAUUAUCAGACUUUUUCAAUCAUUAAACAGAGUACCUCUCUGAAA